AUGAGGUACUCGGAAGCUUUGGCUCUAGGCAUUGCCGUGUUCCCUGGCCUCUCGGCCUCUCAAGGCUACACCAACCAAUCGGAGGUACCUUUGUAUGGGCUCUCGCCGCCAGUGUAUCCCACGCCACAAGGGCACGGUUCCACGUCCGCUGCCUGGGCCGCAGCAUAUGCUCGCGCAAAGGCCAUUGUAGCCCAGCUGACGCAGGAAGAACAGUCAAACCUGACUCACGGCGUUACCGGACCAUGUGUAGGCCAAACGGGCGCAGUACCUCGCCUCAACAUCCCAGAGCUUUGCUUUGCGGAUGCGCCUGAUGGCAUCCGUGGACAGGAGUUUAUCUCUGCAUUCCCAGCUGGCAUUCAUCUCGGAGCGACUUUCGACAAGGAUCUCAUGUACAAAUAUGGAAAGGCUCUGGGAAGGGAAUAUCGCGGAAAAGGUAUUCACAUUGCACUAGGCCCUUUUAUCGGGCCGUUGGGGAGAAUUGCACGAGGCGGCCGCAAUUGGGAGGGCCUAGGAGCUGAUCCGUAUCUCUGCGGUGUUGGAGGAGGCUUGAUCACAAAAGGCACCCAGGAAGAAGGCGUCAUUGCUACUCCCAAACAUUGGAUUGCACAGGAGCAAGAGUAUAGAAGACGCCCUGGUGAUGAAGGAGAGGCGGUUUCCUCCAACGUCGAUGAUCGUACACUACAUGAACUGUACGCUUGGCCUUUUAUGGAUGCGCUCCGUGAAGGAGCAGCCUCCUUGAUGUGCUCAUACCAGAGGAUCAACAACUCCUAUGGCUGCCAGAACUCUGCCUUGUUGAACGGCGUGUUGAAAACGCAAUUGGGAUUUGAGGGAUUCGUGGUGUCUGAUUGGGAUGCGCAACACGCAGGUGUUGCAUCGGCAAAUGCUGGCCUUGAUGUCGUCAUGCCAGUGCCCAAGUUCUGGGGCAACAAUCUCACUGACGCCGUGAACAACGGCUCGGUUAGCUCCGAGAGGUUUGACGACAUGAACACCCGACUCCUCGCGGCAUACUACUAUCUGAAGCAGGACGAGUCCAAUCUGAAGCCGAGCGUGUACCCGUACAACGUGAAGCACGACAUCAUCGACGUAACCGAGGACCACGCUUCUUUGAUCCGAGAAAUCGGAGCAGCUGGAACGGUGCUUGUGAAGAACGUCAACAAGACACUGCCGCUGCGUAAUCCUCGCUUUUUGAACAUCUACGGCUACGACGCCGAGGUAAAGGCUGCGCCCUGGAGCAACCCAACUCGCUUUGGUGGCGGGUACGAAGUCAACUUUGGGUGGAACACUCUCAACGGCACUUUGAUAACGGCAGGCGGCUCCGGCUCCAAUACGCCACCAUAUGUGAUCAGCCCGUUCAAAGCGAUUCAAGACCGGCUGAUCGCCGACCGAGGAACUGUCCGAUGGGAUUUUUGGAGUGUGAAUCCCACCAUCUACGCCAACGCCGAAGCAUGCCUUGUUUUCAUCAACGCGUACGCUUCAGAAAGCUUCGACCGCACGAGUCUCACCGACGAGUUUAGCGACCAGCUCGUCCAGAACGUCGCGAAAAACUGCUCCAACACAAUCGUCGUCAUACACUCUGCCGGCAUCCGCACCGUCGACGCAUGGAGCGACCACCCCAACGUCACCGCCAUUGUAUUCGCCGGCUUGCCCGGCCAGGAAAGCGGCCACGCCAUCGCCGACGUGCUCUACGGCGACGUCAAUCCCAGCGGCCGCUUGCCAUACACAGUUGCCCGCUCAGAAUCCGACUACGGCUCCCUGCUCAACUCGACGGUUGACCCCUCGAACCCGGCGUUCCUCCAGUCAGACUUCACAGAGGGCCUGUACAUUGACUACCGCGACUUUGACAAGCGGAACAUCACGCCGCAGUACGAAUUCGGCUUCGGAUUAUCAUACACGACCUUUGGAUACGCCGACUUGGAAAUUACACCCACAUCCAACGCUUCGUUUGAGCGCUUCCCCUCGCCGUCGGUGCCCAUUGUGCAGGGCGGCCACCCCCAGCUCUGGGACGUCUUGUACACUGCGUGUGCCAACAUCACUAACACGGGCGACGUGGCGGGCCACGAAGUCGCCCAGCUGUAUCUCGGCGUGCCGAACGCGCCGCAGCGCCAGCUCCGCGGCUUCGAGCGCGUCGGCAUCCUGAAGCCCGGCGAGUCGGCAACCGUGGAAUUCCAGCUGCACAGACGCGAUCUCAGCAUCUGGAAUGUCGAGGCCCAGACGUGGGAGCUGCAGAGCGGUAAAUACCCCGUUUGGCUUGGCGCUAGCAGUCGCGAUGUGAGGCUCCAGGGGGAGAUUGUCGUGCAGUAA